AUGCAGGCUAGAAUGAUAGGGCAUGAUGUCACCGGACUGACAGAGUUGAGAAAGCGCCACCCAUUCAACGCCGUCUAUGGCAUCGGAGGAAAACUGUUCCCAGGGACAUACGACAGUGGAGGGGUUUUCGACGUUGGCAUUUUCGUCAACACGAGUUUGGUCACCUACAUCGACUUAUCCGAAGAGAUAACAACCCGAAUCUGA